GCCUUCCUGAGAUGAAGCUAUUAAUUUCACAUGCAACAAUAGCUCAAAUGUUGUCGCUGCAUUACACUAAACAUGUGCCCUCAUAAUUGUUGUCUCUUUGACUUUGAGUUUUGGUGUUACCCUCUUUGAGAUAAAGAAAGAAGUAGGAUCUAAGCUCACCUGAAUCCCCCCGAGCUCUUUUUGAAUUUCUUCUUUGCCUUUUUACGACAUGCUCGCCAAGGUUUGGUCAGACUUUGAGCAGAGCUUUCGGGAUAAAUUACUUUCGCUGAGGUCCUGGUGGCAGGCUGCCUUUCCUAUAUCUGUGCCCCCUUCUAUGGCUGCUGAUGACUACAACCCUGUCUCCCUUAGACACAAACCCAAGAAGAAGAGCCGGGGAGGCAAUGGCACAAUGAGCAGAAGACGCAUCUCGGUCAAAGAGCUGGGUCAGCCAGACCACCAAGGCUGGCUGUACAGGAAGAAAGAGAGCACUGGCUUCUUGGGUAUCAAAUGGAAAAAGUAUUGGUUUGUGCUAAAGAAGACGUCGCUAUACUGGUACACAAACCAGCUGGCAGAAAAGGCUGAAGGCUACAUUGACCUCACCAACUUCAUGAUUGACAGGGCUAUAGAGUGCAAGAAGAAAUAUGCCUUCAAAGCGUGCCACCCACAAGUCAUGAUGUUUUACUUUGCUGCUGAGAGCCACGAGGAGAUGAACCUAUGGUUGAAUAAGUUCGGGCUUGCCUCCAUUCGGUAUGAGCCAACUGAACGAAACCCGGCAGCCGAGUGUUACAGUGAAGCCAGUGAUCAUGAAGAAGCUGAAAGCACAGAGAUUCCCCCGCCUCCGUACUCUGAACAAACCCUGCAGGACACCGUGGAUGCACCAGGUCCACCUGGGAGCACACAUCAGGGUACCCUCCCUCCCCCUUACUCCGCCGCAGUCCCCAGCGAAGCCAACUGUUCCCUAUCUUCCCCCGUCAGCACGAUGACAUCACAGAGCUCCACCUCCUCGCUCGGCAAGCACCGGCAGUCCUGGUUGGACCUGGUCUCGCAGGCGACUCCUCCCACAGCGGAAACGGCAGUGGUGUGCUCAGUUCAGGUACACUCACAUCGGACUCCGCAUGAGGAGGCGGAAGAAGAGGACAACCCCCAGGUGCUGGAGAGUUCGUCUCACCAGGAAACGGGGUCCAUUGAGGAAAGCUCUGCCUCUGAGGGGGAGGCGCAGAGGGCCGUUUCAGGUGCUGAAGAAGGAGGGGCUCAUGGAACAGGCUCAGAUGAGAUGGAGAAGCUGUAUAUUCAUCUAAAAGAGGCCAGUCUCUCGCCAAUAGGAGAUCGUAAACCAUCCACGAAAAGGGAAUUUAGGGCCUCCUUUAUAAAACGCUGUAAAAACCAGACUGUUAAUAAUAGACUGCACCUUAUCAGGACUCUCAACAGCACAUUAAAGUCAAAGGAGGCAGACCUACAGGCAAUAGAACAGCUGUUGUCGGACCCAGAGCUUACCUCAAGCAAGUUCAGAGGAUGGAAGGAGGCCAAUGCACCCCUAGUGCAGGAGAUCUGUGUUAAACAGGAUGAGCAGGUGGCAUUGGAGGCCACAAGAGCUGCCGCAUCAGUCAUUGCUGCUCCAGUGGUCGAGACCAGUUUAUAAAGACUCCUUUUACAAAGUCUGGACUUUGGAGGACUUCAUGCUCAUAUUAUUUAGAUACACACAAACACACUGCUGUUUUAAUUGAGACUACUGUUCCAUAUCAGCAGUCUUUAAGUGCUGUUCAUCAAGUAACUGGAUCAAUGAAGAAGAGUGUUUUUAGUUUCCAAAUGGAGAUGGAACAGACCUUAUAUGAUUAGCAAGUGUCUUAGUAUUACUUUUACUGUUUGAUUUGUAAGAUUAGGUCAUUUUACAGAUACUUGUUUUUAUGUUGUAAUUCUGUGAACCUAUGCAUAAACUGUUUUUAAUAUUUGGAAUUACGGAGUACAUUGUCCUCUGCAUGGAAACACUUUUUUUUUACAGUACGUUUUAUCCACUUUUAUUUCAUCAGUAGUUUUUUGAACAUUUUUAAUUGUAUUCAGUCAAUUAUUGGUGCCAUGCACCAUCACUGCCUGUUACACGUGUUUUACAGCAACUGUUUUGAAUGAUUGAUGUGUGUUGUUUUCCCUACAAAUUACAGUUUUAUACUUAUCAUGAAGAAUUUUCAAGACUGAACGCCAGGGCUUGCUCUAACAGAAUAAACGUGGGCCACAUAAAUGAGAAUUUUUAAGAGUCAAAGUGUUAAAUCAUUUUUACUACAAUAUAAUUUAAAGCCAAAAUGUAAGAAACCACCUCAUUCAGUAGAAAAGUCUAUGUAGUUAUGUAUUUUACUAAAGUAAAAAUUAUUUUUGAAAGGAAGAACCUAAAUGCAAACAUACGUUGGAGUUUUUACACCACAAACACUGACAACUGCAAAUGUCAUAAAGACUUUAACUAUUUUACUAUUUAACUAUUAAUAACCUGUAUCGAUGGCAAAUACACUGUCUGGCAGAAUGUAGCAGUAUUAAUUUGCAUCUAAAGGCAGAAUGUAUGGUGGAUAAUUCUCAGGAAGAAAGCCCCCACAGCAGACCCAAACCAUGUGCUACAGGUAAACAGAUGAUUAGGAGGUCAUUUCAGAUACAAACAUGGCAGGCAUUAUGUGACAGCAACUGAUUUAGGAAACUUGGGCCAGACAGGGACCUCUGACAUAGUGACAACAACUAGCUACUGGAGCCCAACCAAGCUCCAGGUAACGUUACCACUCAUUUUUUCUGAUUUGCGUUUUAUCUGUUAUGCACAAAAAUUAACUAAUUGUAAAUAGAUGCACAUGGAUGUGUGAUGUUAGUUAUCUUUGUCUCAAGUCUGGUAUGGAAGUCAGUUUGCUUGUUUGUAUACAGGAAAAUAAAGUAUUAUAACAAGAGAGAA